AUGGGUUGGAUCCGUGUCGGCAAGACGGUGGCUGCGGCGACGUUCUCCGCAGCGGCGCGGCCGGCGGCGACGGGCCCGGGCGCCGAGCCCGAGCGGACGUACGGCGGACUUGCGGACGAGGAUCGCAUUUUCACCAACUUGUACGGCGAGCAUGACGAGGGGAUCAAGGGCGCGCUCAAGCGCGGCGACUGGUACAAGACCAAGGAGCUGAUGGCCAAGGGCGGCGAGUGGAUCAUCGAUGAGAUCAAGAAGUCGGGCCUCCGCGGCCGCGGCGGCGCCGGCUUCCCUACCGGCCUCAAGUGGUCGUUCAUGAACAAGCCCGACGACGGCCGGCCCAAGUACCUUGUGGUCAACGGCGACGAGGGUGAGCCCGGUACGUGCAAGGACACGGCCAUUCUCCGGUUCGACCCGCACAAGCUCCUGGAGGGCUGCCUGGUUGCCGGCUACGCCAUGGGCGCGCAGAAGGCGGUCAUUCUCCUCCGCGGCGAGUUUAUGCGCGAGAACAACGCGGUCGAGGCCGCCAUCGCCGAGGCCUACGCCCAGGGCUUCCUGGGCAAGGAUGCCUGCGGCUCGGGCUACGACUUUGACAUCUAUGUCCAGCGCUCGAUGGGCGCGUACAUUGUGGGCGAGGAGACGUCGCUCAUCGAGUGCCUCGAGGGCAAGCCCGGCCAGCCGCGCCUCAAGCCGCCCUUCCCGGCCGACGUCGGUCUCUACGGCUGCCCGACCACCGUUUCCAACGUCGAGUCAGUCGCUGUCGCCCCGACCAUCCUCCGCCGCGGCGGUGACUGGUUCUCCUCAUUUGGCCGUGCCAACAACCAUGGCACCAAGCUCUUCUGCGUCUCUGGCCACGUCAACAACCCGUGCGUCGUCGAGGAGGAGAUGUCCAUCCCGCUCAAGGAGCUCAUCGAGGUCCACGCUGGUGGCGUCAUCGGCGGCUGGGACAACCUGCAGGGCAUCAUUCCCGGCGGCUCGUCCGUCCCGGUCAUCCCCAAGGACGUGUGCGAGGAGGCCCUCAUGGACUUUGACGACCUCAUCGCUCACAAGACUGGCCUCGGCACUGGCGCCGUCAUCGUCAUGAACAAGCAGGCCGACAUGAUCAAGUGCAUCUCGCGCCUCUCCGAGUUCUACAAGCACGAGUCGUGCGGCCAGUGCACCCCGUGCCGUGAGGGCGUCGACUGGCUCGCCAAGACCAUGAAGCGCAUGGAGUCUGGCCACGCCACACCGGCAGAGAUCGACCAGAUGGAGGAGAUCACCUACCAGAUCGAGGGCAAGUCCAUCUGCGCACUCGGCGACGCCGCUGCCUGGCCCGUCCAGGGCCUCAUCCGCCACUUCCGCCCCGAGCUCGAGGCCCGCAUCGCUGCUCACCAGCACGCCGCCUAA